CGCCAUAUUGAAUUACUCUCGUUAAUUUUUGCGCGAAGGUGGCGCGUGUUUUUUUUUCGUGUUAACUGAUUUUCAAUCUCUACUCUCCCAUUAUACAGUAGUAAAUUCGACUAUUUGCGUGGGUGUGAAUCAAACUUUCUUUAAAAUAAGAUUCUAUGGUUGAUAGCGGUGACAAGCAUCAUGUAUAAAGAGAAAAAGACUCAAUGGGAGUGUAUAAAAAUUGUGCAUAAUUAAGUAAUCAGCCAUGAAAAAAUUAAUAUCGUUGUAAUUAUUGGCCAUCGUCUUCAACUGUUUCAAUAGUUGUCUAAAAUACAUAGUGAUUAUUCUAAUACAAUAAAAUUUAUCCGGCAAAGCAACAUUGUACAUAUUGACAACGUGCUUCCAAAUCUGCAUGAGCUAUAGAAUAAUAUUUCAAUGAAAAGCAUCUACAUUGUAUGAAUUUUGAAUAUCAGUUCUCCAAGAAAUACCAAGGUGUUUUGCCCAAUCAAUUGUUUUUGAAGACAAUAUUCCGGAUCUAAUAAAUCUUCCAGGGCAGUGACAUCUAGAAGAAUGGAAGCCAUGGAUUUGGACGGAGAUUCAGUGGUUGAUUUGAGCGUCAGUAGUGUCAGAAGAGAGUCUCCGUCAUUACCAACUAACCUCAGUGGAGAUACUGGUGGUCCAUUAAAUUUAGGUCUACAUUAUCCGGUAUCUAAUGUGGAGAAUAAUUUACCCGAGCAGAGAAAUAUACAAAACUCUUCACGUGGAAUUUUGGCUCCCAAGAGUGGUGAUGACAGAAGACCACGACGAAAUUUGAGACCUAGGAUAGAACGAAGUUAUGCUGAAAGUCCUGAUGAACCUAGAAUCAAUGGCUAUGUUAAUGGAAAUACUUCAGAUAGUGACGAAGGUGAAAUGCCACCACUUUUACCAAUUAAAGAAUUAUCUUCAGAUGAAUUAGCAGAGCGAGAAAGAACAUUAAGGAAGUUGCGUGAAGAAUUGAGAUCAGAAGAAAUGAAAUUAGUAUUGUUAAAAAAAUUAAGACAGUCACAACAACUUAAAGAAAAUAUUGCUGCUGUUCCGAAGAUUUCUAAUAAAUUACCACCACCGGUAACAGUACAACAGACAGCACACAGCCAUAGAAUGACAAAAGCUCCACCGCCGUUACUUCGAGGUCAACCUGCACCAAGUCGUAGCAGUAGUAGUCUUCAUGCACCACCACCAGGAAUGUUAUUACCACCGAAUGCAGGAAGAAGUCCUACAUCAAGUACUGGAAUACCACCUAAUAUGGUAAUACCACAACCGCCACACCCACGUAGUAGACCCCCGAGUAGUACACCAACCGUACCUGGUUAUCAUGCUCCAGCUGAUAGAACUGAACGAUCAACUAAAGAUCCUACACCUGUUCCUGCUCAUCAGGAACGGCCAAGAGAAGAUAGUCAAAGACCGGCACAACGUCAAGCAGCUGCUAAAUUGGCUUUAAGAAAUCAACUGGAAAAAACAUUAUUACAAAUACCACCACCAAAACCACCACCUCCAGAAAUGCAUUUUGUUCCCAAUCCAUCAAAUACGGAAUUCAUUUAUCUUGUUGGUCUUGAACAUGUAGUUGAUUUCAUUACUAAAGAACCGGCUGUACCGCCACCACCAGAACCCUUUGAAUGUACUCAGUGUAAGACUGACUUUACUCCAGUAUGGAAAUGGGAAAAACCAGCAACGAAUGGUAAAAAAGAUGGACCACGUGGACAACAUGCUACAUUUCUUAGACCACCAGCUGGUCGUGAUCCUCGGGUCAUUUGUGAGCACUGUGUUACAACGAAUGUUAAAAAGGCCCUUAAAGCUGAACACACAAAUCGAUUAAAAACUGCCUUUGUAAAAGCCCUCCAACAAGAACAUGAAAUGGAACAAAAAUUGGCACAGGCAGCAAGUCCAAGUCCAGAUCCACCGGCACCAAAGCCCGUACCUAAAGCAGUAACGCCAACCAGAAGAGUAGCAACACCUCCAGCACCUCCACCAACAGUUCAACAGGCUCCCCCACCAGCUCCAACACCACCAACACCUAAACUUCAAGAGCAUCCGUUAGUAAAACUCGCUGAAAGUGGAAAAUUCUCUCCCCAUCAUGCAGCAGCUGCAGCUGCAAUUCAACAGCAAUUAUUAAGAGUAUUAAAUUAUUCUGCAGAAUUGGCAAAAAAUCCAGUGCCUGGAUUACCACCACACCAGCCACUUCCAGCACAUAUGAUGCCACCAUUUAAUCCUAUAUUAUAUCCUUAUCAACUCGCGAUGGCACAGGCCGCCGGCGGCAAAGGCCUCGUUGAGCUUCAACGCCAGGCGGCUGAUCUCCAACGUCAGUACCUGCUCGACAUGAUUCCGUCGCAAGCAUCGCAGGGACAAGGCAGUCAAGCUCCAUCUCGAGCACAUCCUCAUAAUUGGAAAACGUAACCGAGUGCAUAGCAAGAGGCUCGUGAUUCAAGGGCUAGAAGGCAUAAGUGAAAACAUUACUGUAAAGAACUCACCAAGUCGUACUCUUCUGCUCAAGAAAAUAUCGUGUAACCAAAGGACACGCAAUAAUUGAACGAUUCGUGUACUUGUAUUGGUUUUCAUAUGUGGUGAAGAUGGCACUAAAAAAAAAGAAGGCCAGUGAGUGUUUUAUUUGAUGCUGACUUCACAAUUUCAUUAAAGAAAAUCUACUGUUACUAAAAUUUGGUUUUUAAGUAAUUAAAGCCCUUAACGAGCUUUAGAAAUAUCAUUGACUUUUAUACGAAAUGAUUCUCCUAUCAAACUUGGUAGUUGAGAAUUAGUCAAUGGGCGUUUUAAAAGUAUCUUUUGAGGCACUUUAAGAUGAUCCUUAUAUAUAUAUAUAUAUAUAUAUAUAUAUAUAUAGUUAUAUAUAUAGCUAUCGGUCUAUAUUGUCUAUUUGUCCGAUGGUAGUACCUGUAUUUUGUGUAUAUUCUCUUCUUAAAAUUUUCUCUUUUUUGAACUGUAAGUAUUGGUAAGGAAAAUCCUUUAACGUCCAGGCAACUGCCUACAGUGAAGAUUUUUCCUUCAAUUAAUUAACGUGUGAAUGCAUUAAUUUUAGAGGUGAAUGAUUCUUGAUAACACAUUUUUCAUUUCAUAUGUGCGUUAUAGCGUAUGUAAAUACGCUUUAUCAUGGUCAAAGACUUAAUUCACGCACAAAUGGAGUCAUUCAGUGUCUCCAUGAUACUAUACGGACAAGACCAAGAAUGAUAUUAAAAGGCAAGGUGCUUGGCAUGUUUUAUAAAUCCCCAAUAUAUGUAUUCAUAUGAAGAAUACGUUAACGUUAUAUUUCUGUUCUUUAUAACAUUACAAAAUAGCGGGGAGGUAAAAUUUGUGAAUGUACCCUCAUUGAAAUAAUUAAUAACAAAAGAAACCGGAGGUCUUUAAUUUAUUGAUCACCGAAGAAUAAAUCUAUCAAUCAAUAAUCAUUAUAUUAAUAACAUUAUAAUCUUGAUAUUUCAUAUAGAAUACAAAUAAAUAAAAUAAACCAUAGGCAUAAUAUCAUCUCUCUUUGUACGUCACAAUAGAUAAUUGAGCUCGAAAAACGUGUCGCGUAUUUUAAUACGCUGUAUUAAGUCCUGCAAUCGCAUAAUAUUAAUGAUAAUAAUAAUAAUAGAUAACUUUCUCAAUAUUUUAGAUAAGAAAUACAGGAUUGCAGAAACAUUUUUCAUUCUCCUUGCAUACACAUACACAUUCGUCUUAAAAAAAACAAAUAUUCUUAAAUGAUUUUUAAACAUUUGUUUGUCAAUUUAAAAAUUAUAUGGAUCUUAAAUUAAGUGUAAUUUAUGUAUUCAAAAAUUUCCUCUUUACAUUAAAUAGGAUCUAUACGGUGCUAAGCCUAACGAAGAACUCGACCGGAAUAAGAUUACUUAUCCGAAUGCAUUAAACUUAGCAAAAUUAUAAUUAUUUUAAUUAUUAAUUCUUUAAUAUAUACAUUA